AUUGUUCUUUGGACACUUGGACUUAACAAAUUACUAAUUUGGGUAAAAACACAAGAGGAAAAAACAGAGAGAGUAUGAAAAGAUGGACGAAGGGACCCAUGUAGAUUUGAGUUGUGGGAGAGAAAACAGCGUACAAAUAAAUAUGGAGCUGUAUAAAAACCAUGGAACAAUGAUGAUAAUAAUACAAUUUUUGGAUUAGGGCUUUUUCUUUGGCAGAAUAAAAUGGGGCGAAGGAAGGUAGAAAUAAAGAGAAUUGAAGAUAAAAGUUGUAGACAAAUUGCUUUCUGUAAACGAAGGAAAGGACUAAUGAAGAAAGCUAGAGAACUUUCAAUUCUGUGUGAUGUGGAUGUUGGUGUUGUUAUCAUCUCCAACCGUUGCAGGCUCCAUGAAUUCUCCAGCACUAACAGUCUGACAGGGAUCCUUCAAAGAUACAAAAGCCACGUCGAAGCAGAAAAAGAGAUCUCUGCAGAAAUCCAGGUUGCAGAGCAGUCUAAAUACUCAAGGUUCAUGCCAAUGGGAGAACUGCUACAAGAAACAGACCGGCAACUCGAGGAAACUAAUGCGGAUGAUUUCACUGUGUCUGACCUUAUCCAUUUGGAGAACGAACUUCAAACUGCUCUAAUACAAACCAGAUCUAGAAAGACACAUAUGUUGCUUGAAUCUAUUAAGCAUCUUCAUGAGAAGGAAAAUCUGCUACGAGAGGAAAACAAACUUUUGGAGGACCAUAUAGCUAGGAUGAAGAAAAACGGAGAAGUGAAUGAGAUGUCUACGGAUUUCACUGACCUUCCACCGCGCCACAUAAUUUGCAGGCAACAGAGAGUGACCCUGAAUUUCCUCUAGUGAUUAUCAUUGCAUUUGUCAAAUUAGCCUUGCAUAGACCCCAGGGGAAUAACCUGCAAAAUUAGCAACAGUCAAGAUGUGUCAGCCUCUCAGAAAUAACUAAUGUUGUGGACAUACGGAGAGGGUGAGUUGUAUGGGCUUUUGUUUCUUUUUUUCUUUUCUCCCUGAAGUAUAAAUUAUAAUGUGCAGUUAAGCAUGCAUACAGGCAUCUAAGAUUGAGGUAACGUUUUGCCAUGAAAAUUUUUCACUUUUUUUCUAGUUGAACUCAGAAAACACAUGUGGCAAUAAAAUUAGGAAAUUCAACUUGAAGUUGAAUUCCAGAAAUUUCAAGAACUUAAAAGA